UAUUGUAGUUUGUUUAGUAUUCUCAAAUAUUUCCGAUUCAACCAAAACUAAUUUUUGAAGAGUAUUUAUUCGUUAAUACGGAUAAAAAUGGCUCAUUUUAACUUAUUUGUCGUCUUGGUUGCGUCGCUGAUUUACUUCACAACAGCUGAAGAAAAAUACACAACCAAAUUCGACAAUUUUGACGUGGACAAAGUGUUGAACAACAACAGAAUUUUAACCAGCUACAUUAAAUGUUUGCUUGACGAGGGAAAUUGUACCAACGAAGGCCGAGAAUUGAAGAGAGUUUUACCAGAUGCAUUAAAAACUGACUGCAGCAAAUGUACAGAUGUACAAAAAGACAGAUCAGAAAAAGUGAUUAAGUUUUUGAUUAAGAACCGUUCUACCGAUUUUGAUCGUUUGACUUCAAAGUACGACCCAACCGGUGAAUACAAGAAGAAUCUCGAAAAAUUCGAAAAAGAAAAGCCUACAACUGCUAAACUUUAAUCCAUCUAAAUAUUUAUUUCUUAAACUUUUCCUAUGUACUUUCUAUUGUAGUAGAACCAGUACAAAACAAACAAUGUUUUUCUGUCUACUUAAGCUAUUUUAAUAUAAUUGCAUUAUAUACUUACUACUAAAAAUAUAGAUAUAAUUAUAUAUUUCUGUUAAAAUAAAUAUUAAUUAUUUAUGAACAA